GAUGCUUGUCAAGCAUUUCGGACACAAAACCAAUUUCUGAACAAAGAAAUAUUGGAAUUAAAUUUAUUGAGAGAUAAUGAUAGGAAGAGAGAAAGAACUCAAAUGGAUAAAUAUUCCACGAUAGAAGCUGAAUUAUGCAGAAUACAAAGCAAGUAUUAUCUGUUAUUGCAGGAAUCAAAAAGUGCAAAACGAGAGGAGGCAUCAGGACCUACAGAUGAAAUGGUUAUUCGUUUAUUGGAAGAAGCUACGAGUACAGAAGAGACAAUUCAGAGAGCACCUGGUAGAUUUAGUCGUCAUGACGACUAUGAUAGAUAUGGAUUUUGUAUGAAGCUGCAAGCUGACGAUGAAGAUUCCUUUAUAUCCAAGGCAACAGAUUUACAGCGAAGAUCAGAAGAACUCACUAUGCGGAUGGUCGACUUAGAAAUGUCUGUUGGUAUAAAAUGGGAGAACUAUAUUCCAGAGUUGAAGGCUCUGAUACGAGCAGGAAUUCCCAAUGAAUAUAGAGAGCAAAUUUGGAAAGGAUGUAUUAAUUUUCGUGUUGGAGUAAACAGAGCUAACCAUGGCGAUGACUAUUAUCGAGGGCUUCUUGAAUCAAAGCUAUUCAAGUUGAAUCCAUCAACCAAACAAAUAGAACUGGAUUUACUGAGAACAUUGCCAAACAAUAAACAUUACGAAACUAUGGAUUCUGAAGGUAUUCCGAAAUUGAGAAGAGUAUUAUUGGCUUACAGUUGUCAUAAUCCAGAUAUUGGGUACUGUCAGGGUUUGAAUCGCAUUGCUGCAAUCGCUUUGCUCUUCCUGUCCGAAGAAGAUGCAUUCUGGUGUAUAGUAGCGAUAGUUGAAUACCUACAACCAUGUGACUACUACAGUAAAACCCUCAUUGGUUCCCAGACUGAUCAACGUGUAUGUAAAGAUCUCAUAUCAGAUAAACUGCCGAGAUUAAGCGCUCAUUUUGACAAAUAUAACGCUGAUUUAUCAUUGAUAACUUUUAAUUGGUUUCUAACCAUAUUUUGUGAUGGUGUACCAACUGAGACAAUGUUAAGAGUUUGGGACUCGUUUUUGUACGAGGGAAAUAAAGUCCUAUUUCGGUUUGCAUUGGCUUUCUUUAAACAAUGUGAAGAAGAGAUACUGCAGUUGACAGAUUACCUCUCUCUAUUCAAACAUUUACGACACAUGUCAAUGAAAAUGACAGACGUCCAAAAGAUUACACAGUUUGCAUUCCAUGAUAUCAAUCCUUUUCCAAUGAAAAUUAUCAAAACUAGAAGGGCUUUCCAUCUUGCUCAAGUUAAGGCUCAGCUGGAGGAGAUUGAUGCCAUCAGGGAAGACUUCAUCAGCCACAGGCAACACAGAGAAGAUGAUGUAUUUAGUGAUGAAGACAACUAGUUGCCAUGGUGACGACUUUGGUAAACCAUGUGGGACCAGUUGUAAUUUGCCUAUACAUAAAAUAUAAUAUACUAGUAUAAUAAAUUGAGAUUUUCUAACUGUAACCAGGUUAUAGCAAAAAAAAAACCACAGCUACCGGGGUAUUCUUGAAAACUUGUUGGCCAAUUCAAGAUGGCUGACUUAUAGUGCAAAUGUUUUUAUGUAUUCACUUUUUAUUAUAUGUUGUUAAAAUAAGUUAAUGGUUUUCUACACAACAAUAAAUAGUAUAGCUAAUUCUACUUUGGUAUUUUUUUGGAAAAAAUGUAUUUAUAUCAUUUUCUGUGUGACAUUUUUUGUUAUUUUUGUUGUUAUUUUUAAUUUUGGA